ACACGCGGCCGCCGACGAUAGAUUGAGAAAUCGAACAGCAGGCAGGAGAACUCGACCGGACGAGAAAAGUUAUGGGUUCGGUAGGAGAAGUCGACCGCACGAACUCGGACUAUGCGACGGACUCGCCGUUGACGAAGAAGCAGGGACGACGGGAACUCGACGAGCUCGUGCUUCAGGGACUAUGCGCCGGACUCGCCGUUGACAGAGAAGCAGGGACGACGGGAACUCGACGGGCUCGUGCUUCGGGAACUCGACGGCCUCGUGCUUCAACGGCGACGGACUCGCCGUUGACGGAGAAGUAGGGACGACGAGAAAAAUUGGCAGAGACGGACACGCUUAGGGUUUUUGAAAAUAAUAAACCGUCCGCUCUUAGGGUUUUUUAAAAUAAUAGACAUGUUUUAAU